CCCAGCUCCGGGUUUAAGAGUCCUGGCCCUGCCCGUCGCACAGCUCCGUUCCUCACGCCUGCCCGCCCCGUCUGUCCGUCUGUCCCGCUGCCCAUCCGAGGGGCCACUCCACCCCGGACCCAAGAUGACGUCGGUUGCCAAGGUGUAUUACAGCCAAACCACUCAGACAGAAAGCCGGCCCCUAAUGGGCCCAGGGAUACGACGGAGGAGAGUCCUGACAAAAGAUGGCCGCAGCAAUGUGAGAAUGGAGCACAUUGCUGACAAGCGCUUCCUCUACCUCAAGGACCUGUGGACAACCUUCAUUGACAUGCAGUGGCGCUACAAGCUUCUGCUUUUCUCUGCAACCUUUGCAGGCACCUGGUUCCUCUUCGGUGUGGUGUGGUAUCUGGUAGCUGUAGCCCAUGGGGACCUGCUGGAGCUGGGACCCCCAGCCAACCAUACCCCCUGUGUGGUACAGGUGCACACACUCACCGGGGCCUUCCUCUUCUCCCUUGAGUCCCAGACCACCAUUGGCUAUGGCUUCCGCUACAUCAGUGAGGAGUGCCCACUGGCCAUCGUGCUUCUUAUUGCCCAGCUGGUGCUCACCACCAUCCUGGAAAUCUUCAUCACGGGUACCUUCCUGGCAAAGAUUGCCCGGCCCAAGAAGCGGGCGGAGACCAUCCGUUUCAGCCAGCAUGCGGUUGUAGCUGCACACAAUGGAAAGCCCUGUCUUAUGAUCCGAGUCGCCAACAUGCGUAAGAGCCUCCUCAUUGGCUGCCAGGUGACAGGCAAACUGCUUCAGACCCACCAGACAAAGGAGGGUGAGAACAUCCGGCUCAACCAGGUCAAUGUGACUUUCCAAGUGGACACAGCUUCUGACAGCCCCUUCCUCAUCCUACCCCUUACCUUCUACCAUGUGGUGGAUGAGACCAGUCCCUUGAAAGACCUCCCCCUCCGCAGUGGUGAGGGUGACUUCGAGCUGGUGCUGAUCCUAAGUGGGACAGUGGAAUCCACCAGCGCCACCUGCCAGGUGCGCACUUCCUACCUGCCGGAGGAGAUCCUUUGGGGCUACGAGUUCACACCCGCCAUCUCGCUGUCAGCCAGUGGCAAAUACAUAGCAGACUUUAGCCUUUUUGACCAAGUUGUGAAAGUAGCCUCUCCGAGUGGCCUCCGUGACACCACUGUACGCUACAGAGACCCUGAAAAGCUCAAGUUGGAGGAGUCAUUAAGGGAGCAGGCUGAGAAGGAGGGCAGUGCCAUUAGUGUACGCAUCAGCAAUGUCUGA